UGAACACUCAGACCCAUGGAGGGCCCCCGGGCUGGCUGUGAGCGCGGCCGCCGGUGCCGGUGCCGGUGCCGGUGGGGCCGCCCCGCCGCGCCGCGCCGCGCCGCACGGAGCAUGCCUCUGAGCCCCGCCGGCAGCAAACAUGAGAGCCCGGAGUCGCCGCCGCCGGAGCGACAGCCCCGUUCCGGAGAGCCGGGCUCCAGCCUGCGGGAGGAUUCGCGGCUCGACCCAGCCCGGAGCCCCGCCGGGCCCCGCUCCCCCAAGCUGGCGGCAGCGGCGCGCAUGGAGGAGCCCGCACCCGGCGCCAUCGUCGUCCGCAUCGGCAUCCCCGACCUGCAGCAGACGAAGUGUCUCCGGUUGAAUCCAGAUGUUCCCGUGUGGGUUUCCAAGCAGCGCAUCCUCUGCACUCUGAACCACAGCCUGAAGGAUGUUCUCAACUACGGGCUCUUCCAGCCAGCCUUCAACGGCCGCGCCGGGAAGUUUCUGGAUGAGGAGCGCCUGCUGAGGGAGUACCCCCUGAACCCAGACACUCCUGUUCCCUACUUGGAGUUCCGGUACAAGAGGCGUGUGUACACCCAGACUCUGCUGGAUGACAAGCAGUUUGCCAAGCUCCAUACGAAGGCUAACCUGAAGAAGUUCAUGGAGUACGUGCAGAUGCUGAACGUGGAGAAGGUCUGCAGGCUGCUGGAGAAGGGACUGGACCCCAACUUUCAUGAUCCGGAUACUGGAGAGUGUCCCCUGACGGCGGCGGCCCAGCUGGAGCUCAGCACGGACAUGAUCAAGGCCCUGCGCAACGGGGGCGCGCACCUGGACUUCCGCACGCGCGAGGGGAUGACGGCGCUGCACAGGGCCGUGCGGUGCCGCAACCACGCCGCGCUGCUGACCCUGCUGGACCUCGGUGCCUCUCCAGACUACAAGGACAGCCGAGGGCUGACGCCGCUGUACCACAGUGCUAUGGUGGGGGGGGAUCCCUACUGCUGCGAGCUCCUCCUGCACGACUACGCCCGGCUCGGCUGCGUGGAUGAGAACGGCUGGCAGGAGAUCCACCAGGCGUGUCGCUAUGGCCAUGUUCAGCACCUGGAGCAUCUGCUCUUCUAUGGAGCUGAUAUGACUGCACAGAAUGCCUCAGGAAACACCGCUCUUCAUAUCUGUGCUCUCUACAACCAGGAGAGCUGCGCUCGGGUUCUCCUCUUCCGCGGUGCCAGCAAAGAGAUUCGCAACUACAACAGCCAGACAGCGUUCCAGGUGGCCAUCAUUGCAGGCAAUUUUGAACUGGCUGAAAUCAUCAAAACCCACAAAGUGUCUGAUGUUGUGCCUUUCAGAGAGACCCCCAGCUACACAAAGCGGCGGCGGCUGCUGGGCAUGGCCGGCCUGGCCUCCCCACGCGUGCUGCAGCGCUCAGCCAGCGACAACAACCUGAAGGCCGAGAGCCGGGCGUCCUACUCGCCGGUGCCGUCGCUGCGCAGCCUCCCGCCGCAGCUGCUGGCGCAGAUGCAGGAGGCGGCGGUGGAUGGCAGCGCCCGCAGCGCCCACAGCCGCUCCCCGUCCCUGCAGCGCGUGCAGGAGGAGAAGGAGGCCGAGGCGCCCUCGCUCCGCAGGAGCAGCCGCGGCAAGGCCAGCCCCGGCGGACCGGCGGGGCCCCCCGGCCCCGGCACCGAGCCCGCGCCGCACGCCGCGCCCGCCCCGCUGCGCGGGCCCAAGCGGAAGCUGUACAGCGCCGUGCCCGGCCGCAAGUUCAUCGUGGUCAAGAGCUACGCUCCGCAGGGCGAGGGCGAGAUCCAGCUCAACCGGGGAGAAGCCGUGAAGGUGCUGAGCAUUGGUGAAGGUGGCUUUUGGGAAGGAACCGUGAAGGGCAGGACUGGCUGGUUCCCGGCAGAAUGUGUUGAGGAGGUGCAGAUGCGACAGUAUGAUUCCCGGCAAGAAACCAGAGAAGACAGAACAAAGCGCCUCUUCCGACAUUAUACUGUGGGCUCUUACGACAAUUUCACCUCUCACAGUGACUACAUCAUUGAGGAGAAGACGGCCGUGCUGCAGAAGAGGGAGCAUGAGGGAUUCGGGUUUGUAUUGCGAGGGGCCAAAGCUGAAACCCCAAUCGAGGAGUUCACCCCGACCCCGGCCUUCCCUGCGCUCCAGUACCUGGAAUCAGUGGAUGUGGAAGGUGUCGCUUGGAGAGCAGGGCUUCGCACGGGGGACUUUCUGAUCGAGGUGAAUGGCGUCAACGUGGUGAAGGUGGGGCACAAGCAGGUCGUCUCCUUGAUCCGGCAGGGGGGGAACCACCUGGUGAUGAAGGUCGUUUCUGUCAGCCGCAAGCCAGAAUCGGAAGAAGUUGUUCGGAAGAAGGCUCCGCCGCCUCCCAAGAGAGCGCCCAGCACCACCCUGACCCUGCGGUCCAAGUCCAUGACAGCGGAGCUGGAGGAGCUGGCCUCCAUGCGGAGAAGAAAAGGGGAGAAGCUGGAUGAGAUCCUGGCAGCCGCCGAGCCAGCACUGAGGGCAGACAUCGUCGAAGCAGAUUCCAGGGCAGCCACUGUGAAGCAGCGACCAACAAGCCGGCGCAUCACGCCAGCAGAAAUCAGUUCACUCUUUGAACGCCAGGGCAUGGCUGCACACCCCGGGGUCCUUGCGGGAGCUGAGAAGCCCCACGUGUCACUGCGCAAAGGAAUUCCACGGACAAAGUCUGUAGGUGAAGACGAGAAACUUGCUGCUUCCUUGCUAGAUGGGAAGUUUCCCCGGAGCACAUCGAUGCAAGACACUGUUAGGGAAGGACAUGGGAUUCCACCACCACCUCAGACGGCCCCACCUCCACCUCCUUCUCCAUAUUACUUUGACACAGGCCCCCCUCCAUCCUUCUCACCACCUCCACCUCCAGGAAGAGCUUAUGAUACCAUAAGAUCCAGCUUUAAGCCAAGCCUGGAGGCCAAACUCCAUGGACUCCCUCAAGUCCUUAGCGCAGCUGAGAUGUAUGAUCAGGCAAGGACUUCCAUUCCUUACCCCGAAAGGCAAAAGAGGGCCCGAUCCAUGAUAAUCCUACAGGAUUCCUCUCAUCUUCCCGUGGAGCCAACAGAGAUCCCCCGCCCUGGCCCAUCUGCAACUCCUCCGGAGAAGCUGAAGAGGAAAGGAAGAGUGAUUGACAACCCUUACGCCAACAUGGGUCAGUUCAACGUCAGCCUUUUCGCUCCCACCAAGCCACAGAGGAAGAAGAGCCCUCUGGUUAAGCAGUUACAAGUGGAGGAUGCACAGGAGAGAGCAGCACUGGCCAUCACUGGAGGCUUUUCAAGGGAGCCCUCUCCCACCCGCAGGAGCCAUCGCCUGAGUGGUGUCGAGUAUCAGCACCAUGCCGGCAUUGCUCAAGUUGAAGCCACAGGCAUCCCCUUCGCCACUGCCAUCGCUGGAGUCAUGAAGGACAGAGACCGUCGUCUGGAUGAGAGGAGGAAAUCCACCGUCUUCCUCUCGGUUGGGGCUAUCGAGGGCAGCCCCCCCAGCAGCGACAUGCCAUCCUUGCAGCAGUCCAGGUCCAUUGAUGAGCGGUUGUUAGGAAGCCGAGAUGUUCUACUGCCUUCCCCUGUCUCAGCUUUAAAGCCAUUGAUCAGCAGCUCAUCCUCAACGUUCAUCCACCCCCUCACAGGAAAGCCCUUGGAUCCAAACUCGCCUCUGGCGCUUGCGCUGGCCGCAAGAGAACGGGCCCUCUCAACUCAAGUCCCAUCCCGGUCGCCCACCCCAAUCCACAGCCCAGACUCAGAGCGAGCAGCACCCCUCUUUGUGGACAUCCAAACCAAAGAACCAGAGCGGGUGGAGUUGGAGAGCUUGGUGUCCCCUGCGUACUCUCCCGGAGGCAAAGGGGUGAUCGGAACAGAGUCUGGGACUUUGGCCCCUGCAAAGAGCCCAUGGGGGACUCCAUCCACACUGCGGAAAGAAACGGAGGCCCGAGCAGAAACCCCAGGGAAGGAGGAGAAGAAACAAGAAGACAAGAAGUCCAUGAUUAUUAGCAUAGUGGAUACAUCACAGCAGAAGACCGCUGGCCUCAUCAUGGUUCAUGCCACAAGUAAUGGCCAAGAUGAGAUAGGACUUGAGAUGAAAGAGGAGACACCAGCUGUCGCUGAAGCAUGCACAGAGCCAGCAGAGUCCCCCAAAGUAGAGACACAGCCCAGCCCCAUGGGAAAGCCUCCGGUGAGUCCAGCCUCUGACAAGACGUUGGGACAAGGGAGUUCGGAGGAAGAAGUGGAGACCUACACGGUCACCCUCCCACCAGCUCAGCUGUCUUCAAGCGACGAAGAGACCAGGGAGGAGCUGGCCAAGAUAGGGCUGGUACCUCCACCAGAUGAGUUUGCGAAUGGGGUACUGGUCACCACCCCUGGAACACCAGUCAGCCACCUGGCUACGCCCAGCACGCCAUCCAUACCAGCGGCAGCAGUAGCACCUUCUACCACUGGCGGAACACCCUCAGGGAAGCCCUCUGAUGCCCCCGUAGCCCCAGAGUCUGCUGCAGACUCGGGAGUGGAAGAGGUGGACACCAGAAGUUCAAGUGACCAUCAUCUGGAGACCACAAGCACCAUCUCUACCGUCUCCAGCAUGUCUACGUUGUCCUCAGAGAGCGGGGAGCCUACUGACACAUACACUUCCUUUGCGGAUGGACAAACUUUUAUACUCGAGAAGCCACCAGUGCCUCCAAAGCCAAAACUCAAGUCCCAGCUCAGCAAGGGGCCAGUUACUUUCAGGGACCCACUUUUGAAGCAGUCUUCGGACAGCGAGCUCAUCUCCCAGCAACAUGCGGCCACUCUGGCAUCAGCCAGCAUUGGCCGGCCACGCUACCUCUUUCAGAGAAGGUCCAAGCUAUGGGGGGACCCCAUGGAGAGCAGGCCAAUCCAUGGGGCUGAUGAUGACAAGCCAACUGUGAUCAGUGAGCUAAGUUCCCGACUACAGCAACUGAACAAGGAUACACGAUCACUGGGGGAGGAACCAGCCGGGUCCACCUUAGAUCCCGGGAAGAAGUCACCAGUGGUCGCGGCACGACUUUUCAGUAGUUUAGGAGAACUCAGCACCAUUUCCCAGCGGAGCUCCGGGACCACCUACACAGUCCGACCUGGCAGUCGCUACCCCGUAACCCGACGUACCCCCAGCCCCGUGAAGCCGGCUCUGGAUCGGACAGAGCCCCUCAGCACCGUCCGGCCCUACGGUCUGACCCCUCCCACCAUCCUCAAAUCUUCCAGCCUUUCCAUCCCACAUGAGCCCAAGGAGGUGCGCUUUGUGGUGAGGAGUGUGAGCGCCCGGAGCCGCUCCCCAUCCCCGUCCCCCUCGCCAGGGCCACCCCUGCACACCCUGCACCCACCUCGGCCCUUCAUGCAGAAACCCCUCCACCUCUGGAACAAGUACGACGUCGGGGACUGGCUGGAAAGUAUCAAUUUGGUGGAGCACCGAGACAAGUUUGAGGACCAUGAAAUAGAGGGCACGCACCUGCCUGCCCUCACCAAGGAGGACUUUGUGGAGUUGGGGGUGACCCGGGUCGGGCACCGGAUGAACAUUGAGCGGGCACUCAAGCAGCUUGUAGACAGCUGACCGUCCCCGGCAGCGCUGGCCUCUUCCAGAGCCACCGGGGGGGUGGGGGUGUUUCUACUAGACUAAUAAAGCCCACUUUGAUUCUC